AAUGAAUGAAUCUUACACUCCUUUUUUCAAUAAUAUUAAAGACAAAGUUUUUGUAAAUUCUUCUAACCUACGAAGAUCAAUAAAACAAGUUUUCAAAAGAAUUUAUCAUUACAUUGAACAUGAAAUCUAAGCAAGUUUCGCCAAAAGCCUACACUACACUUUUAUAUGAAGGUUUUCAUUAAUUUAAAUAUAAAUGAUAAAUUGCAAUAUGCACUUCAAGUGCAGCGCGUGUUGCCAUAUGCAGCGCCACAGAACUGCAAAUCUCACCAUCACUGCGAAUUUUCACCCGUUCGGCCAUUGGAGCUGCAUGGUGAAUUUUUUCUCUCUUUAGAUACCAGAAGGAUUGAAAAUGGUGCAGAGGUUGACGUACCGUAGGAGGCUGUCGUACAACACGAAGAGCAACAGAAGACAAGUUGUACGUACUCCUGGUGGAAAAUUGGUAUACCAGUAUCUCAAAAAAGCAAAAAAAAUCCCAAGAUGUGGAAAUUGCAAAGAAAAGCUGAGGGGAAUUCAACCUGCCAGGCCUCAAGAACGCUCUCGCAUGUGCCGCAGAAAGAAAACUGUCAAGCGUGUCUAUGGAGGUGUGAUGUGCCACAAAUGUGUCAAAGAAAGGAUUGUCAGAGCUUUCCUCAUUGAAGAACAAAAGAUAGUCCUGAAAGUAAUGAAGGCACAGCAGAUCUCUACCAAGGGCAAGAAAGUCUAA